ACUCUUACGGCGCAGUUGACAACAACUAACUGAUCACCCGCCGAAAACCUUUCGGCGAAAGGUAAUGCUCAACUCUGGCCUUUGCGACUUAGUAUAAACAACGUUUUGCAGUUUGCAAUUUAUCGUCCUGUGAUUUCUCGAGCAACAGGAAGGGCUAACGUUUUGAAUAUCGAAGAACUGUAAACUGCCUUUUGCAUGUCUUGCAACAGCAACGUGACACAUAUUCUCACAUCGUCUGUGGGACAAGCGGUUCGAGACCAGGUUCACCUCAUCCCAUGUGAGGUCGAACAUGACGGACGAGCCAAGGUCUCCCAGUUCUUCAGUGCCGCCAUCAAGGAUCGCAAACAUGAGAAGACAGUGUCCUUGAGAGGUCGUGGUCUUAGGGGACAAGAGGUCAACUGCCCAGAAGGCUAUAGUGGUCUGGUGCUGAAGGAAAUCCACAAGCCUGGAUCUGAUCAGGAGGACAGGAGACUGAAGGUGUCAUCUGUUUUUGACAAGCUGACCUACUGGAACAUGGAGACCCCACCCAACUCUGAUGACACAAUCGUAAUGGCAAUGGACUGGCCGGAGCUGGCGGAGGCUAUUCAUGGACCAGUGGACGACUGAAGGGAGGGAAGCUACUGAGUAUCACUGCUUGCUGGAAGAAAAAUGCUGUGAAAGUUUGUGUAUAUAUUUUUGUAGUACAAUAAAAUCACUAAACACAAGACUGCGAUUUGGACAGCAG